AUGUCAGACGGAGUACCAUCAUCUCACAUUUGCCAGAAAUGUGGUCGUAAAUUUUCCAUUGUCGAUAAUUAUGGUGGUGACUGUAUUCAUGGUGGAACAUGGCAUGCAAGAUAUGAAGAUUGCUCCUAUUUGAAAUGCGGCUUUAAUUUAGGUAUAAAAGCAUCUAUUGGCAAACAACAUUGGUCCUGCUGUUAUUCACUUGAGCGGCAAUCGAAUCGGUGCAGUAAAAGUGAACCUCACAUUGUCGUUCAACAUGAAAAUUAA